AUGGCGGAAAUAGUGUACCCGCAAGGCUGCCGCCCAAUAACCGAUGACCUAGGCUCUGAUGAACUUGUCCGAAGACUAAAGGCGUUAGCGCACACUUUGCAAGGUCUCGGUCAAGAUGAGGGAAUGUACCAGCAGUACAUCCCGCUUGCUAUCCACCUCGCCGACGAGUUCUUUCUCUCUCACCCCUCGCGCGAUGUGCAACUGCUCAUCGCUUGUUGCAUCGCCGAUGUGCUGCGGGUAUAUGCGCCUGAAGCGCCUUAUAAGGAUCAAGAGCAGGUUAAAACAAUAUUCCUGUUCCUGAUCAACCAGCUGCAAGGCCUCAAAGACCCAAAGGACCCUGCUUUCAAACGAUACUUCUAUCUGCUGGAGAAUCUUGCCUACGUCAAGUCGUUUAAUAUGUGCUUUGAGCUUGAAGACUGCCAGGAGAUAUUCUGCGCACUUUUUUCGCUAAUGUUUAAAAUCGUUAACUUAGAGCACUCGUCAAAAGUGAAAUCCUUCAUGCUGGACGUCCUCUGUCCUCUGAUCACGGAGUCUGAUGUAGUUUCAAACGAGCUCCUCAACGUGAUACUUAUUAACCUCGUGGACCCGAAUAAGAGAGACCACAAGUAUGCGUACGCGCUGGCCAAAGACCUGAUCACCAAGACGUGUGAUACGUUAGAGCCAUAUAUACAGGCGUUUUUCAACCACGUCAUAAUCUUGGGCAAAGAAGAAAAACAUCUUAUGAUAUUUUCAAAAGUGUACGAACUAAUCUACGAACUGAAUCAAUGCUGCCCAUCCUUGUUGCUGGCGGUACUUCCCCAGCUGGAAUGCAAACUGAAAUCAGCUCAAUUCCAAGAACGGCUCAGUGCAGUAGCUCUACUAGCUAGAAUGUUCUCCGAACCUGGCUCAGACCUCGCCAAACAAUAUCCGGCCUUAUGGCGGGCAUUCUUAGGUCGAUUUAACGAUAUCUCGGUCCCCAUAAGAAUCAAAUGCGUACAAUACUGUAUGCACUUUCUCGUACACCACCCGGACUUGCGCAAAGACAUAACGGAAACGUUGAAAAUGCGUCAACACGAUGCGCAUGAGCAGGUGAGAUACGAAGUGGUUAUGGCUAUUAUAGCGACGGCUCAACGAGACUUCGAAGCGGUUGCCGAGUCGGAGGAUCUACUCCAUUUUGUCAGAGAACGAACUCUGGAUAAAAAAUUCAAAAUACGCAAAGAGGCGAUGUCUGGUCUCGCCAUGAUAUAUAAGAAGUUCCUAACGGAGGACACCGUGCCACCGGCCACUGAGAAGGCGGUUCAGUGGAUCAAAGACAAGAUCCUCCAUGGCUAUUACAUGACAGCGCUCGAAGACAGACUCCUGGUAGAGAGACUGUUGAACACAUCACUGGUUCCGUACUCGCUUCCACCACAGAUAAGGAUGAAGAAGCUCUACUAUCUAAUGUCAAACGUGGGUGACAACGCAACGAAAGCGUUCAUCGAACUGCAGAAACAUCAGUUGGCUGUGCGCAGGACGGUCGCCGAAUGGAUAGAACUACACAGGAAGCCGCCGACGCCACAAGUGCAAAAGGAAAUGAUAACUAAGGUCCUGCACAUAAGCUCUAAAUUCCUGCCGGAGUCGGUGAAGGCGCAAGAGUUCCUCAACCAGUUUUCGGAGCACAUGAAGAAGGCGCCCGAGUUGCUGCAAGGGAUGGAGACCAUUUUGAAUCCGAAUGUCAGCUGUGAAGUCUGCAUACGCACUACUUCGAGUGUCCUAAAGAAACUAGGUCAACCAGUGAUGACAAACAUAUACUACAACACAGUGAAAAUGCUCUUGGAGAGAGUCAGUUCCGUGAUGGUGGAUCAUGAGUCUUUGCUCAUUCUGGUUGGAUAUGUGGAAGGUGCGGUCCGGGGCACUGACACCUCUAUAGCCGAAGAGUGUGGCAUAGACAUUAAAAAGGCAGCUGAACGCGGUCUAAAACUACUCGUGAUGCUGUCAUUUGUGUUUCCGGCUCAUUUCCUGCACGAGGACGUGUUGGAUAGGCUCACGUCGUUGUUGGAAUUGGACGACGAAAGCAUUGCACCGCACGUGCUGGCCGCUUUGACUUUCCUUGGGAAGUAUAGGCCCUUAGGUGAAGCCUGCCCAUCACUGUUCCCGAAAUUGACAACUUUGUGCAAGGCUUACGCUGAAGUUGGGACACCGAAACAGGCCAAAAAUGCUGUUAGAUGCCUUUUUGUUAACGUGCCCGAGCAAAGGUCACAAAUAUUCACAGAAAUACUGGAAACGUUGAAGACGACACUGAACCCACAGUCGGAGCACUAUAGGACGGCUAUCGUUACCCUGGGCCACAUCGCUCACAAUCUACCCGAUAACUUCCCGGUUCACAUCAAGAAUAUUGUAUCGAGGAAGAUAGUAAAAGAGCUUCUAGUCCGCGAAGGGGGUGGUGGGCUCAACGGCCCAUCAGGCGAUUGGUGUCACGAGGACGAUUUACCUGAGGAGACCCGCUGCAAGUUGGAAGGUCUCAAGUGCAUGGCCCGUUGGCUACUUGGCCUGAAGAAGGAUGAGUUGUCUGCACAGAAGACCUUCAGGAUGCUCAAUGCGUUUAUAGUACACAAGGGCGACUUAUUGCAGCAAAACCAACUAAGGAAGGCGGAGAUGGCGCACUUGAGGCUAGCGGCAGGCGCGGCCAUGCUGAAGAUCUGCGAACAGAAGGGCGUCGGAGACCAGUUCACAGCUGAGCAGUUUUACAACCUCUCACAUCUUAUGGUGGACGAGGUUAUAGAAGUCAGAGAAGCUUUCGCUGCAAAGUUACACAAAGGACUGUCAAAGGGUAUUCCAAACAAAUGUCUACCGCUGGACUUCAUGGGUAUGUACGCGUUGGCUGGACGCGAGCCGGACCGGCGCGUGCGCAGUCUCAUCCGACAGUAUAUGCUUGCUGACGUAGUACGUCGCCGGGAGUACGUGCGAAACAUCACUAUUGGUACUAAAGUGGAGCGGGCAGUGAGCCAGUUGCCCCACAUAAUGCCGGACUACAUGUUGGUGUUUGCGGUUCCAGUGCUCACACACGACCCUAUGUUUACAAGUUACGACAAUGUGGCACAGCUGAAGACGGUAAAACAGUGCCUGUGGUUCAUCCUGGAGCCGUUGAUAACGCGCAACGACUUCUAUUGCUACGGCUUUUACAAGACGAUUAUUGAGAAAAUGAAGCAGCACAAGGAUGCUCUCAACGAAACAGACGAAGCUGUUAAUUAUAAACUGUGGGCGACGUGCGAUCUAGCGAUGUCGGUGAUCUGGUCGCGGGCGACGUGCUCCGAGAUGCGGGAGUUCCCCACCGACGUGCGCAUACCCACCAUGUACUUUGCGGUCCAGGACGAGUACUUCGCCAACACUCGCGUCUUCCUACCGCCUGAGCUUCAGUUCCAACCAAAAAAGAUGCAGCCCGCGGAUAACACAAUGGGACAGCGGGGCAAGAAGCGCACUAGGAUCGUCCCGGAGAAGGAGAAAGAGAACGCUAACGAAUGCGAGCCCUCCGAAGCGUCAGACACACAAAUCAUAGUACCAGGACUUGAGCAACCGCCGGAGACGGAUCUAGAAGAACCUCAGGCGAAGAGGCCCAUGAGCGACUGA